AACGAUAAAAAUGGCUUCACCAACAGCACUGUCAGUAGUAAUCAAAACAAAACGAAUAGCAACAGUACAGUUGAAAAAGUUAUUUAUUGAUGUCUUAAUUUGGUGUAAAAUACCUAGUUUAUAUUCUUUCUUCUUCGAAUAGAUUUAACUCGCAUUGGAUACCAUUUUAGCGCUGAAAGAAAGUCUUGUUAUGCUGCAUAACGUCAUGACAAGCGAAAAAUAACAGUGAAAAUGAGCAACAAUAAACAUUACUUUUAAUUUCAUCGCUCGCUGGUUGAAUUUCGACCAUCGUGAUUAGGUAUUGAACAUAAAUUAUGUUGUUUCAAACUGCACUGUAUCUUCGCUCUCUGAAGUCGGUCUUCGGUAGCGAUACCAGCCCGAGGAAAACGAUUAACUCAAUAUUUUGGCUAUGUUGUCUGUUGGCGAUAAUCUUUUUCUACUUCAGAAGAAGCUUGGAGCUUGUUCUCCGCCGAGGUCGUGUACAGGCACUCAAACAUUCCCAAACUAUUCAACACGCGUGGAACAUCUGCUUUUACACGGCUGCAACUGUAUUCCUUGGACUGUAUCAUAAGCUACUGAUACGCCCGGAAAUCGCCAACCAAAGCAGUAAAUAUUUCCCACAGUACAACAACACGAUAUUUCUAGCCGCAUGCGAUGUGAUUAAAUUCGAAAUCGUAACCAUGGUACUGGUCUCCUUUGAUACUAUUGGCGCUUUGGUUCGAUUAAGGAAUAGUGAUUAUUCUGAAGCUGCAUCCAAGGUUUUCUAUGCUGCAUUACUACUAUGCUGUUUUAUGCUGCGACUGGAGAAUUACAGCGUGUUACUCAACAUUUACUUGGGGGUGUUCAACGCGUUUCAGGAGACGUUACUCCUGCUUUCACUACAUACCAGUGAAAAAAGUGAUACUACGUUAAGGUUAUAUGUGAUACUUAAUUUUAGUUCAUGGUUAUACCUUUUCCUCAACAUAUUGCCGUUUGAGUUUCUCAUUCCCACAUUGUACGCCAAUAACAAAGAACUUUAUAUGUAUUUGAAUAUUUUUUUCUGGAUGUGGUACUGUUCGUGCGUAUGGAAUUCGCCGAUCUUGAAAUUUAUGUAUCAUAAAAUUUAUCAUUUAAAUCCGUACGAUUGCAUUGGAGGCGAUUCUUCUGUACGCUGUAUACUUCUUGGCGAUACUCGCAACUAUCGUCAUCACCGUAAUCUCGAGCGGGCUUACCUCGAAUUGAAGCUCUUUCACGAUAAAAGCAAACUGAGCGGAACACGUCAUGGAGAUAAAGAGAAUUCAUCUGCUAAGGCCUUCCAAACUAUAAAAUGUGUUCUGGCAUUGAAACGAAAACUCAAACGAAUGCGUGAAAAUCGAGAUCAACUUUCAGCGGAAUGAUUCCUGUUUCAUUUGAAACGGUGGAUGACAGGCGCAUAACCUCAAAACGAACUAGUUAAAUAUUAAAAAAAUGCUUUUCAAUUGAACUGCAUCGGAGGCUGAGAAAGUAUUUUUAGUGAUUUAUAGUUUUAAAAUGAAUAUAGCAUCUAUGCAUUCUUUAAGUUUAUUUUUAUUGGAUAACUCGAGCUAGAAAUCUAUUCCCAACACUAGGUAAGUUCACAAAUAUUCAGCAUCAUGUGAAGUAACAAGAAUACCGCAAGAGGUAAGUUUGAUGAGUUAAAGCAGUAGGGUUUUUUUGCGAACUGUAAUUUUCUACAGAAUUGAGAUAUCGAAGCAUCCAACAUCCGUUGGAAAGCUGAACAUAGGAAGCAACUUUUUUAUCUAGACAGAUUUGUGUUUUGAUCGAAGCGUAAGUGACUACGAUCAAUUUUUGGAGGACGUGAUUUUUGGCUGUUUCAAGAAAGUAACUGGGUUGUGAACCAUCUGGCAAAUCCUGAUAAAAUGCGGAGAAAACCAAAUCAAACACUAAUAGUUGUACGUAUGCAGAAAAGACUUUGCUAGGUCGAAACUUUUUUGACUGGCCAGAUAAUGUGGGAUUUAAUCCAUUCGUUCUAGGCCAAGUAAUCAACGAAAUAGUUUAAUAUCUCCACUGAUGAGAUGAAUAAGAGCUCCUCUACCCCAAACAAAUUUGGUUUAACCUAACUUGUCGUCGUAGUGAGAAAUGUUUGAUGAUAUUUGACAGUUUUGGUACAAACCUAGCAUGAAAAACGAAUAGUUCACAACCCAGCCAUAAUUCAAUUUUGGAAACGUCAAAAAUAAUAUUUACAAUCUCAGUACGACAUAAGCCACUAUUGAAUCGAAAAAUAGAAUCAAAACACUCAACAAAUAUGCAUAACAUUAAUGAUAAAAUACAAACAUAGUUAGACCGAUACGAUGGCCCCAAACAAAUUUGGACAAUCAGGGAAAAAUGCUAAAAUGGUUCACAACUCAAACUUCUCCCCUAAACAAUUUGAACAAAAGACCUAAUUCAUAAUAUUAAUGAUCUAGAAUUGAAAAACUAAGGUUGUUGAUAACUGUUAUUUUUCCAUACGAUAGCUCAUUUGGACAAGAAAUUAUCACAAGAUCAGCAUAGCAUCAUCUAGAAGAAAUGAAAAAAGGUUCUUCAACUCUCUUAGACUGAAAGGAUAAAACAAAUCAAUGAAUGAGAACUAAAAGAAAGACUAGUCAUAAUCCAACACCAUUUGCUAUCUUGGCUAUAGUGCCUCAAUAAAUAUUAAGCGCACACUUUGGAUAAUUUUUGAAUGGUAACCAUUAAAACCAUUCAUGGCCGUAUUGUUGCCAAAUCUCUAACGAUAUUGUUUUGCAUGUCAUGGGCUUUGUCAAUUUCAACUCAUCUUGGUUUCCUGUAGAUUAACUAUAACGAAACAUUGUUCACAGAAAUAAUUGUUCUAAUUGGGUUUAGUGAUAAAAAUGCAUGCGAAGGAUAAAUUUCUAUUCUAAAACAAAGAUUACAAGUAUAUGUGCAUCAAGAUCGGUAAGAUGGUUUUUGAGAAAUCGUUCUUAUCGCUACAGUAAACACAAUUUCGAGACAAUCACGUAUGGAGUUCGCGUGUAAACCAUCAUUGACUUCAAUUCAGAUAGUGCGCUACAAAUAGCAUUUUCUUUAAUUUUGCUUUUUCAAAUAUUGUGUAUCUUUGAGUAAAUAUUCUCGAGUAUUUAGUUUCGAAAUAUGUAUGCCAAAUUAGAGUAAAUGAUCUUGAAUCGGAUAAUUUGCUGUUUUUUUCUGCAGUAUCGGCGACACAUAUCUCGAUUUCGUCAUGAAGUUAGAAAAAUAUUUUUGGAAACACAGAUUUGAUGACAAGUAAAACCAAUAAUUUUGAUAAUUUGUGGAUCGCAAUUUAAAUUAAUCUAUGAUUGGAACCAGUUUUACUGACUGAAGAAUAUUGAUAAUGAGUCGGAAUGUGCUUAUCUUGAAUAGAACUAAAAAUAAUUUCGAUUAGGACUAUAGUUCUGAAGGAUGAAUCGAUAGAACUAAUCGAAACUGUCCGUCUUGCCCCACCAGUACACAUACUUUUUAAACGUUUGUAUUUAUUCGCGCAUAAAUAAACUUACCUGUUAUUUUCCACGGA